AUAAUCUCUCCGGCGAGUUCGGACCGGGACCUUACGACCCGCCGGGGCUUCGGCGGCGGCGGGAGGGAUGAACGUGUCGCGCGGCGGAGUGGCGCGGACUCUGCGGGUGCCGGGCCGCCACGGCUACGCCGCCGAGUUCUCCCCGUACCUGCCGGGCCGCCUGGCCUGCGCCACCUCACAGCACUACGGCAUUGCGGGUUGUGGAACGCUGCUAAUAUUGGAUCAAAAUGAAUCGGGGCUUAGGAUUUUUAGAAGCUUUGACUGGAAUGACGGUUUGUUCGACGUGACCUGGAGUGAGAACAAUGAGCAUGUUCUGGUCACCUGUAGUGGCGAUGGCUCUCUGCAGCUCUGGGACACGGCCAAGGCCACAGGGCCUCUGCAGGUCUACAGGGAGCACACUCAGGAGGUAUAUAGUGUUGACUGGAGUCAAACCAGAGGUGAACAGCUUGUGGUGUCUGGUUCUUGGGAUCAAACUGUGAAACUGUGGGAUCCAACUGUCGGGAAGUCUCUGUGCACCUUUCGAGGUCAUGAAAGUGUCGUUUACAGUACUAUCUGGUCCCCGCAUAUCCCGGGGUGCUUUGCUUCAGCUUCAGGUGAUCAGACUCUGAGAAUCUGGGACGUGAAGACCACAGGAGUCAAACUUGUGGUUCCAGCACACCAAGCAGAAAUUUUGAGUUGCGACUGGUGCAAAUAUAAUGAGAAUUUGCUGGUAACAGGAGCAGUUGACUGUAGUUUGAGAGGCUGGGACUUGCGGAAUGUACGGCAACCGGUGUUUGAACUUCUUGGUCAUACUUAUGCUAUUAGGAGAGUGAAAUUUUCGCCGUUUCAUGCUUCUGUCCUGGCCUCUUGUUCCUAUGAUUUUACUGUAAGAUUCUGGGAUUUUUCAAAAGCUGACCCUCUCCUUGAAACAGUAGAGCAUCAUACAGAGUUUACUUGUGGUUUGGAUCUAAGUCUCCAGAGUCCUACUCAGGUUGUUGACUGUUCUUGGGAUGAAACAAUAAAGAUAUAUGAUCCUGUUUGUCUCACUCUGCCUGCUUGAGAUACCUUCCAGAGGCCAGACACAGGAUACUGGUUGAAGAACUACUUCACAGGAAAUAAAUGAAUAACAUAGACAUACUUUUCUAUGAUAUAUAUGCUACAGAUUUUACUCUGCGUUCAGUUUUUACGCAGCUGACAAAUACUGCUUACUUUUUAAGCAUGGUAAAUAAGCCAUACUUUUUAAAAACCUACAAAAUUAUUGAUGUUAUAGUAUAUCUUUUAGUAUCUAUUAAAGUGCAAUCUCUGUAUUGUUAUAUGGAUUAAAAUAUAGGAGACCCAAGGUUUAUGUAGUGAUAUAUUUAAUUUUUAAAUGAGCAUUAUAAAGUAAAAUGUAGUCAUUGCUAUUAAUAAAAAUAAACUGCAUCUCUUGACUAUUU